CGAGGUGUUGGUUAAUAAUGUCCAGAUACAGUGUUCACAUAUUCAUUCAUUAAGUCUAGUGUUGGUUUCCCACAGAUGGGCUUUUGGUACUAAAUUGCUUUUUUACAACUUUCAGUAUAAACUUAGCACCCGAGCCUAAAACUGCUAAGCUACACUAAUGUCUGAGUGGUUUACAAGCACCGGCGAGGAACUAGGGGGAAAGCAGGGCCUCGUAACGGAGAUUCUGUGCGAGCUGCCACCCAAGCCUACGCAACGCAUAGCUGAAGUUCUGCAUGGGCGACAAACAUCUAUUGCAGUGAAGCAGAAUGAACUUCAUGAUGAUGACAUACGGACCUUUCCACCGCUCGUUAAGGGCGAAGAAGCGACCUCACGGAAGCGUCGGGUGCUGGCGCUGCGGACUGCGGCAGCAAAGCUGGAACGGGCCUUCGAGGCGUUUGGUCGUGAACGCGACCAUGAGGACUUCCAGCGGCUCUGGGACGACUUCCUCGCCCAUCACACGCCGCAGCGGCUGCUGUCAGCUCCUCAGGCGCCUGCUCCCUGCAUCCCAGCCGCCGCUGCUACUGUCUCUGCUGUAGCGGCUCCUGCUCCUCCCACGGCGCAUGCCGAGGGGCCCCGGGGCGCUAUCCCCACGCUGCUGCUCUCAACCAACGGCGCCAGUCCGGCAGACAGAUUGGAUUUGUACGGAGCCUUCGCGUCGUACCUGCGAGAACAAAAGGGUGCCUACGUGGCGCUUCUGCGCCCCGAGGAUCUGGCAGGCGGGGUGGGCGGGUGCUUCGGAGCCGCCCUCGCGCAGCUGAGUGGGCUGGCGGAGGCGGCGUCAGCGGAGGACGUCAUGGCCCUGGUGUCCUGGUACGAACACGAAACCGGCCGCAGCCGUACCGCCCUCCCUGCCGCCACAAUCACCACCAACGCACUUCAACCCCUAGCAACCACCGCAACCGCCACCAUCGCCGCCACACCCGCCAAGGGCGCCAAGACUCCAGGGAAGGCAGGCGGCAGGGCGGCGAAGACCCCCUCAGCCAAGACACCUGCUGCCAAGACGCCCGGUCGCGGGGG